AUGAGCGCUCGCACAGGACCUGGCAAGCGUACAGAUGCAGGAGCAAUCGAGAAAAAGCCUUGGGCAAGUGGCCGAGUGCUCACGGCAGAGCAACGACAACGAAAACAAGAGGUCGAUCGCAAAGCCAACAGAUUCUUGAAGAAGGAAGUCCAAGACCGCCUUGCUCUGCUUGAGGCACGCGUGCUUCAACUCGAAGCUUCCCACACUCAGCCUAGGAAUGGGAAAGAAUCGGCUCCCGACAUUGCGCACAGAGUCGACGUGGCGAAUAGCACCAGUCCGGCAUCAACAGACAUCGACAGCACUAUCGAUUCGUCUCUGAGUAAUUUGCCCGAUUCGCAAUUCUGGCCCGGUGCAGUAGACUAUGACCAGCAUCCGGCGAGGGAUUCAACCCUACGGGCAGGGGCUACAGAUGGUCACGGCCUCGACACGGCAAACAUUGUUGGCAUAAGCAGUUCGGAUCAUGGGCUUGGCCUUGAGCCACACACUGCUAUGCUCGUCACAGGCAGCAGAAGUGACCCAGGCGGUCGAGAUCUCACCAUGUUCCUGAAUCAUUUGGUAGACCGCAUCCGGAAUAUCCCUCCCGAGCAAAUCUGCUACGACGACGAACACAAUCAAGAUGUCAUCAUCAACGCUGUAUUGAAAGGCUGGAAGUUUGCAUUGUCGCGCUAUGAGCAAGUCUGUCCACUCUGGGAGGUGCUUCGCAUGGUCGACAUGUGUUUGUUCAAGGAUUGCAACAUGGUCGAGCGGAUAAGCUGCCUUCGCAUGCUCCAUAAAAGAUAUAUGUUCGAAACCAAGACUGUUGCUACUCAAGUUGAAGGACCGCUGCCCGCUUGGUUUCAGCCCCAUAUGGCGGAAAGCCUUAUAGCCCACGAGCCUGUGAUUGAUCAUUUGACGUGGCCAAAACUUCGCGAACGUCUAAUGUCCUCACAGACUGACAUGCUAACUAACAAGUUUUGGGCAUUUUUCGCACGAAACAUGCGCGUCGUCGGCGACUUUGAACCAUUCGAAGUCGUGGCGUACUCUCCAAAAUCCUCAAUGUACCAACUCACGGAUAGAUUCGAAUAUGGCCUGAUGGAUAUGGCGAACUGGCGAAUGGACAUUAACUUCUUUUAUGAAUUUCCUGGGUUGGCGAAUGAUGUGCCCCCUGUGAACUACAUGCCUUUGAUGCAGCUUACACCUCGUUUUGGACUGGUGGAGCGAAAUCUCCUGCAGCAACAUCAACAACGCCAGCAACAGUCGCACCCGCAGCACUUGCGCUAUGCACAACAUCAGGUCAUUCACCAGCAAAGACGACCCACGAUUCCGAGUGAGAUGUCGGUGAGUGGCACACAUAUGCCCACAGAAGCGGCAAUGUAUGGGACAAGCGGCUCGGUGCCAUGGACUGGGUUCUACUCAUGAGCAAUGGAAAAGAACUAAUAUCCGGUAAAUUUCAACGGGACUCUCUCAAGAGGGAGGAUAUCAGGCACCUGAGAGGACGUUCUGCCAUUACGAUGCCACUUCGCAGCACUCAGCAGCGGGCAGACCACGUUCUACCAAAAAGGAUAUCAACGACGGGCAAGAUGCCGCCAGCUAGCUACAGGUAUAUGGACAACCGUGCGCUCAGGCUGCAAGUGUGGAAAAUAUCUGCCAUACGCCCAAACGGCUCGCACACAGAAGAGCAGUCAAUC